CAUAGUAACCUUUUUCUUAUACUUUUCUUUCUACAUACAACCAAGCCAUUCCGAUCCGCCGGCAUUACUUCCCACCUCCGCCACCUCAAUUUCCCACUACAUAUACAAACGCCGGCCUACAGUCUCCUCAGCCGCAAUCUUCCGUUGCACAGUGAAACAUAUACUUCCGACCCGGAAAAAAAUGAACUAUUCCAGCGGCGGCCGCUUGCCGCUCCACCACCAAGACCCCUACUCCGGCGACGGCCCUCUGAAACGCCACCACAGCGCCCAUUACUACGCGCACCGCGUGAAAGAGAGCCUAACCACAAGAAUCUCCAAACUAAUCUGUUCCAUCUUUUUAGGCCUUCUAGCCUUUCUGGGCAUCAUAGCUUUCAUUCUCUGGCUAAGUCUCCGCCCCCACAGGCCACGAAUCUACCUCGAAGAUUUCUCCAUUCCCGGCCUGGACAACCCAAACGGGUUCGAGAACGCCGAGAUUAUCUUCAACGUCACCGCAAGAAACUCCAACCAAGGCAUCGGCUUUAACUUCGACGCCAUGCAGGUCACCGUGUUCUACGAAGACCAAAGCAUCGGCGGCGCGUCGCUGCUAAUCCCGUUCUACCAGUCCCCCAAAAACACCACCGUUCUCGCCGGCGUGCUCAGCGGCGCCACGCUCACGGUCACUAACCAACGCUGGCAGCAGUUUCAGGCCGACCGGUCUCGCGGACUCGUGCUUUUCCGGCUGCAACUAACGUCCACGAUGAGAUUCAAAGUGUCGUCGUGGCACAGCAAGCAUCAUAGGUUGCACGCUAAUUGCCCCGUCGGUGUCGGAAAAGAUGGCACCAUCACGGCAGAUUAUAAAGGAAAGAGAUGCCCAGUUUAUUUUAGCUAACAUUUAUCUAGGACCUAUAUAUGAACUAAUGUUUAUAAUUUGCUUGUAACUAUUUUUCCAUCCCAAAAGUUAUUCUAAAUCAAAACAAUAAUAAAUCUGUUCAGAUAAA